GCCGCGGCGGGCGGCUGCGAGGAGCGGCCGGUGGCGGCGGCGGCGGCGGUGGCCGGUGGCGGCGGGCGGCGGGCGGCGGGCGGCCAUGGCGGAGUCGGAGGCCGGCGGCGACGACGCCCGCUGCGUGCGGCUGAGCGCCGAGCGGGCCCAGGCGCUGCUGGCCGACGUGGACACGGUCCUGUUUGACUGCGACGGGGUGCUGUGGCGCGGGGAGACGGCCGUGCCGGGCGCGCCCGAGGCCCUGCGGGCGCUGCGGGCCCGCGGCAAGCGCCUGGGCUUCAUCACCAACAACAGCAGCAAGACGCGCGCCGCCUACGCCGACAAGCUGCGGCGCCUGGGCUUCGGCGGCCCGGCGGGGCCCGGCGCCGGCCUCGAGGUCUUCGGCACGGCCUACUGCACCGCGCUCUACCUGCGCCAGCGCCUGUCCGGCGCGCCGGCCCCCAAGGCCUACGUGCUGGGCAGCCCGGCCCUGGCCGCCGAGCUGGAGGCCGUGGGCAUCGCCAGCGUGGGCGUGGGUCCCGAGCCGCUGCGGGGCGAGGGUCCCGGCGACUGGCUGGCCGCCCCGCUGGAGCCGGACGUGCGCGCGGUGGUGGUGGGCUUCGACCCGCACUUCAGCUACAUGAAGCUCACCAAGGCCGUGCGCUACCUGCAGCAGCCCGGCUGCCUGCUCGUGGGCACCAACAUGGACAAUCGGCUCCCGCUGGAGAACGGCCACUUCAUCGCGGGUACCGGCUGCCUGGUUCGAGCUGUGGAGAUGGCUGCCCAGCGCCAGGCCGACAUCAUCGGGAAGCCCAGCCGGUUUAUCUUCGACUGCGUGUCCCAGGAAUACGGCAUCGUCCCGGAGCGCACCAUCAUGGUGGGGGACCGCCUGGACACAGACAUCCUGCUGGGCGCCACCUGUGGCCUGAAGACCAUCCUGACCCUCACGGGAGUCUCCACUCUUGGGGAUGUGAAGAGCAAUCAGGAAAGUGACUGUAUGUCCAAGAAGAAAAUGGUCCCCGACUUCUAUGUUGACAGCAUAGCUGACCUCUUGCCCGCCCUUCAAGGUUAAAGAUCUAGUGUCUUUAACCUCGGGAAUAAAAAAAAAAAAGAAAAAGAAAAUUGAAAAAUCAGUUACCCAGAUUAAUAGGUGGGACUUAGGCAUGGUUGGAGUGGCCACAGACUGCAAUUGAAGUUAAGCAGAGGGUGGUAGUUGUUAAUGUUGUAAGUAAACGCUUGGGGGGAGGUGUUGUUUACAGAUGCUUAUAUUUUAAGAUGCACUUUUAAGCUUGGAGGGCAUUGUCAGGUGGGUCUUGGGCUUUGUAUCUGUCAGUGAGGGCAGACAUAGUAUCUGCCCAGGAUUCAGGUAGCCCUCAAGCCUUGCUUGUGAGAUCGAGUUGGGUCUAGGGGUGUACGUCACAUGUUUUACUGGAAAACUUAAUUCAGGGAUCAUCACUGAAGGGCAGAGAGGAAGAAGGGCUGGCUUGUGGCUUCCAGUGUGCCCACGCAGCCCAGCAGCCCGAUGCAACAUCCAGCCUCACCUCUGGAGUGGAGGAGGGGCUGCUCCCUGAUGGUGCCGCCCUGUUCUCGGGGUGAGAGGUGCUGCCUUGCCACUGCCUGCUUGCUUCCUUGAAAACCACUUUGAUGUCACAAUUGAGUAUCUGUUCCGUUUCAGAUGUCCAGGGCUGCAGCUCUUCACACUCAGCUGCCCAGUUCUGUUAACUGCCCAGCCAAACCUCAGCUGUCUGAAGUGUGCAUUUAAACCCAGGUGACUCAGACUGAGUAUAUGGUAGGCCCAGUGGCCGAAUGGGUGUGGGUGCCGUCACUGAACUCUGGGCUGCUGUGAAGGUAGCUCAGAGCAGCAUUGGUACCAAAAAACAUUAUUUUUUAACUUGUGAACACAUUUGUGAGUGGUGGCAUUGAAUUGUAAGUGUGUAGAUUAAUGGUUGUACUCUGUCUCAUAGGGGUAAAUCCCACUGAAGAAUUUCCAUGUCCCACAGCUCACCUGAAGGCUAGCAGUGUGCUGGCCAAGGAUUUCCUGUGGCUCCCGCCCCCACCCCCGCCCCAGGGGUAAGAAGGGGAGAGGUGCCCCAACCUCAGUGCAGGAAGUCCUUUACAAAAUACUCACUCUUCCUGUCUUCCCUUGUCCUGGGGUGAGCCUGGGUCAGGGUGGGGUUUGAUCAGUGGCCGGUGAAGCCACCUGCUUUGGCUUCAGACUCCCUUGUUGAUAGCCGAAUGGUAAGAUGGGCAGGGCCCAGCGGCCAACAGGCUCUCAGCAGGGCCUGGCCUCCUCUCCUGCACCUGUUCCCUGUGUCUGCUGACCUGGCAGAGUGGGGCGUCUGCAGCACUCACUGGGCAGAGCCUGGAACAUGGCUCCCGGCCGACUCCUUCCCAGUGCUUCACCCUGAAUCCCAGUGGCCACAACACUUCCCAUUCACCAAGUUCUCACAGCAAUAAAGUGUCCCGUACCUGCAACCACGCACCCCACGGCCAGGGGCCGUGUGGCCGGGCAGUGGAGGGUGGCAAUGCAGAUGAUGGCUAACGGUGUGUCUGGAUACUGAGCAGGCCCAUGAGGGCCUCAUCCCCCACAGCAGCUGCCACAGCCUUGAUCUGCUGGGGAGGGGCCCGGAAGUCUCUUAUGUGCCCCACCUCCCACCCACUUCACUGUGUGUACCCAAAUGCACAUUAAACUCUAAAACUCCAA